AAGCAGCCAGUGCCGAAAAGACUCUGACGAUUCUGACAUGUUCGCUUUGAACGAAAUGUCGCACGUAUAACCACAAAAAAACUACUGGCUGGAUGUUAAAACAAUUCAUAAAUAAAAACAGUCAUAUCCGAUGUUCUGGAAGUCACACGGAGUUAUCAUUUUAAAUAAACUGGUAGAAAGUAUAGAUACAAGUGGAAAAAAAAAUACGGGAGGAGGGAAAACAGUCAUUUGCAAGAAUUGCAAACUGUAACAUCGGAAAAACGGUUCCUAGGUUGUGAGAAAAAAUAUUAAUAAAAAAUAACGAAAACGGAUUAAUGAGCACCACGAGAAAUUGCCAGUGUACGAUUAGCGUUAGAAGAGAAAAUACAAGAUAAUGAGCGGCCAAAAGUUUCAGUAUGACGAGAGCGGCGGAACAUUUUUUUACUUCCUAUUAUCAUUUCUUGCGCUUUUGCUCGUACCCGGAACGUAUUAUCUCUGGCCACGUUGUACGAAACCAGAUCCCGAUGAAGCAUCAAAGGAAUGCCACUGUGACGGAUGCAAGAAGAAAAAGAUUAUAUUGCAGCAGAGCGAUCCGCUGAAAGAGACUAGAGCUUUCAUAACUAAAUUACUUAUCAUCCUUGGCUGGGUCGCGCUCAUACUCUUGGCCUACAAAGUCUCUCAAUAUGAUACAGAAAUGGCUAAUUUCGAUCCGUUUGAGAUCCUGGGUAUUUCGGCGGGAGCGUCUCAAGGAGAAAUCAAACGAGCCUACAGAAAACUUUCGCUCAUUCUUCAUCCUGACAAAGAAACUGGAAAUGAAAAAGUUUUCAUGAUAUUAACCAAGGCUUAUAAGGCGUUAACAGACGAUGAAGCACGGAAGAAUUGGGAGAAAUACGGUAACCCGGACGGACCGGGCGUAAUGAGUUUUGGUAUAGCUUUACCUUCAUGGAUCGUCGAGAAGGAAAAUUCUGUAUGGGUUUUAGGACUGUAUGCACUUGUCUUCAUGGUUGCUUUGCCAACUGUCGUGGGCAUGUGGUGGUACAGGAGUAUUCGAUACACUGGAGAUCAAGUCCUGUUAGCAACUACACAAAUGUACUAUGGUUCUUUCGCUAAAACGUCUUCAGCGUCGCUCAAACGGGUAAUAAUGAUACUAGGCGCUUCCUAUGAAUUUUCCAAACGCUGCAACGCUGAAAUCGUUGAGAGACAAUCAGACAGAGAAGAAGUUCCUUCGCUGAUUAAAAAAAUUAGUAAUUUGGGGGAGAAGAACAAGGAACCACUUUUGUGCAAUAUGUACUCGAUAAAAGCACGAGCAAUAAUUCACGCACAUUUAUCAAGAAUUCCUCUCAAUCCUGAAACCCUCGAGAAGGACAGACAGUACAUAGUGAAAAAAUGUCCUUAUCUCAUUCAAGAAAUGAUCGCCUGUGUCAAUCAAUUGAUCUUUCUAGCGUACAACAGACGAGUUGCGAGACUCUUGCGAAUUCAAACGAUCGAGAAUUGCAUGAGGCUGAGCUCGAUGAUAGUGCAAGGCUUUUGGGAAUUCAAAAAUCCUCUCCUCCAGCUUCCUCACAUCGAGGAGGAACAUUUGAAGUAUUUCCUUGCGAAAAAACGUAACAUCAAGAGCCUCCAGCAAUUUGCUCAACUAAAGGGCGAAGAAAGACGACAAAUCUUGAGAAAUUUGUCAGACGAACAGUACGAAGACGUGUUGAAGGUGUUGGGUAACAUGCCUUACGUCGAUUUUAAAGUUCAAGCGGAAGUAAUCGAUGACGAAAAUCCGAUGGUUUAUACGGCAAAUGCAAUAGUGACGGUGACGGUAGUUCUCACACGUAAAGAUAUGAAGCAUUGUUUCGGUGAUGACACGAUCAAGGAGCAAACGACGAUAGACGAGGAUAAUAGGCAGAAUGGCGAAGCUAAAGUUAACAGCGUACCAACGGAAGUAGCAACGGAGGAACAAAAUAACACAGCAGAGAAAAGGCCGGCGUGGUUGAAGCAGAAGAAAGGAACGAAAAAAGCUCACAAAAAGAAAACAAAUAAAAAGGUGGUGCCUACAAAAAGUGCUACUACACCGAAAGCCGGAAGUCAGCAGGAAGAUACACCAACGCCAAAGGCGAGAAAGAAGGACGAUAAGGAGAAAAACGAUCAGGAGACAACUAAAGAGAAAGCAUCGGCAGGUAGUGACAACAGCGACGCUGAAAGCGAGAGAAGCGAGGAAGAGGAGAGCUCUAAUGACAAAAAAGAGGCUACUUUCGAGGACGAUGAUUCCGAGUGGGAAAAGUUCCAGCAGCGGAUAUCAAAGAGAGACAAGGUCUUAGAAGGCCGAGGUAACGUUUCUCACGUCGUACAUUGCCCUUUGUUCCCGGAGGUUAAACAAGAGUACUGGUGGGUCUACGUAUGCGAUAGAAAAUCGCGUACGCUUUUAGCGCCACCCCUUCACGUCACUUCAUUGGUACACACCGAGGAAUUGCAAUUGCGGUUUACCGCACCCAUGUGGCCCGGUGUUUACACCUUUACAGUGUGUUUACGCAGCGACUCAUAUUUCGGUUUCGAUCAGGCACAUGAUAUUAAGCUGGAUGUUAAAGAAGCACUAGAAGUUCCGACCGAGCAUCCGCAAUGGGAUAUUUCCGACGAGGAAACGGCGGAGGACGUUGACGCCGUUGACGAACAUUCCGAAUACACGACUGACGAAGAUAUCAGUGACAAUGAGUAAAAAACUAGUAAAAAAAAAACAAAUUUUUUAAAUCAAGCCAACCACGAAAACCACAGAGAAGAUCCUCUUUCAUUGUCGAUCUUAUAAAAGUGCAGCUAUACAGUGACAAUGCAGCUCCAAAAUAAUCGAAAUGGCCAAAAAAAUAAAACUGCGCGAUUCACUAUUAUCCUUGUCUUACAUCAUAAACUCCAUUAGGCUCUCUUACGUUUCUGCCUCCUUAUGUCCCUCCGUCCGUUUGGGUCUAUUUUGUCCUCUCCUUUUUGUACUUAUACUCGUGCUAGUAUCCAUCACAGGAACACUGUUCGAUAAAUGGCCAACUCUUUACGGGUGACUUAAGUGCGAACGAGGAGAAAAAUAAAUGAAAGCAGAAUGGGACGAAUAUUAAUACUGAUAAUACCAAUAAUAAUAAAAAUAAAGAAUAAUAAUCACCAAUGCAGUGUGCGCAAUGAGACGUCUCGAUCGUGGCAGUGAAGACGAGUAAGUAGUGAAAUAGAGAAUUAUAUAAAGGAACGAAAAAAAAAAAUCGAAUGGACAAAUAUGAUAUUUAUUUUAACAUUGUUACUCGAGAACUUAGGGAGUACGUGUGCACAACUUUGUAAUAAAAAUGGAAUUGUCUAUACGUUUAAAAUCAAAUAUACCUCCCAUCAAACCAA